GACAACGUCUCGAGCGAGGUGAAGUUUGCUUCCGCCCGCUGGUCUGACGUGAACGAUACAGCCAGCACUACGAUGGGAGACAGUGAUAUAGAGAACCUCAGCCCAAUCUCCGCUCCGUCUCUCGCUGGGACUGAAGAGGAGAAGUGCAUGGAGUCACAGGUGGUGAUCAAGAGCACCUUCUUGGACGUGGAGGACUGUCCGAGCUUGGCCAAGCGCUUCCGUACUCUCCGAAGAAGCAAGACGGACUCGGAGCUUACCUGGCCAUCAGAUGAUGAUGCGGCGUAUCAGCCAGGGCGUUUCAGUGAUGAAAAAGCAAGUCUGCCGCCGCCGGCGUUCCAGGUGCCCGGCGCGGAUGACCAGAGUGUCAACUGCGAGGGCCCGCGGGAGCCUUCUCCUGAGAGACAAUCUCGUGCGAAGGCUCGACGACCUGCCACGAUUUGCUUGGAGUCAGCACUGAGGUGUGAUGGCGUUGAGAAGGAUGAGCCUGAGAAAACAACAGUCAUGCUCCGGAACUUGCCCAACAACUACACAAGGGACAUGUUCCUGGCAAUGCUAGAUGACCAUGGAUUCCGCGGACGCUAUGAUUUCGCGUACCUCCCUUGUGAUUUCCACCGGCGAGCGAACUUGGGAUAUGCCUUCGUGAAUUUCGUCAACGGUGAGGCCGCGGCCGAUGCCUGGCGGCGCUUCAACGGCUUCGGAGCCUGGGCGCUUCCCAGUCAGAAGGUCUGUGCCGUCAGCUGGAGUGGCCCACAUCAAGGACUCACUCAACAUGUCGAGCGAUACCGCAACUCCCCAGUGAUGCACAAGAGCGUUCCCGAUGAGUAUCGCCCAGCGGUCUUCCACAACGGCGUGCGCCAGCGAUUUCCUUCGCCAACGCGGUCCCUGAAGAAGCCAGAUCAGUCCCAUCGCGGGCGCUAA